ACUACAUCUCUUUCUUAAUUCUCCUCCCUAGACUGCUUCCUAACCUCCAUUCAUUCCUAUAUAUAACUCUGCUUCUCCUUCUUCUCCUCUCUCAUUUCCUUUCUUUUGUUGUGCUUGCUUCUUUGCCUUCUUUUCACUCUUUCAUUUUGAUAUAUGUUCAGUAACAGAUAGUAAUUUAUAUAUAAAUUUAAACUGUGGAGAGAUAUGUAUGCAGAUACUAGACUUUUGCCACCUUUGUCACAAUGGAACUUCCAAGAACUACAUACAAGUUAUCACCAGCUAAUUCUUCCAGUUUCUGAUGAUGAUUUCCUCUCCAGCUUUCAAUCCAUUCUUCCUAGUAACACAUCUCAUAUGGGAGUUCUUGUGCAGAACCCAACUGUGAUGGAGUAUGACUUGGGAGGAGAAGGAGAUUUGUUUAAAGCUCCAGAACCAAUCAUGGGGGGAGAAGCAGUGUUUGCUGCUGUUGAUCCUGUGACUUCAGCCAUGUCCAUGAUAUCAUUUGGUGAUGAAGUUAUUAGUGCUGAGACAAUUAAAGUUGCAGGCAUGGAAUCAAUCCAGAAUGAUCAUCUCAGUGAUUUUAUUUAUGACUGCAAGAAGGAGUUUUUGGCCAAGUCUGGGAUUGAAGAUGGAUUUGCUGAGUUAGUAAAUGAUGUUAAGGAGGUUCAUGGAGUGGGAGCUGCAACAGAGGAAGAAGAUCAUCCUGUGAAGAGAACUAGGAUUGUUCCAGAGGGGCCAAUGCAGAAGAGUGUCAGUGCUGAGUGUUUGAGCUCAAUGGAUUGGAUUAAUAAUAGUUGUGGUGUGAGGCCAAAUUUUCUUAGUUUUGAAGGAUUGGAUUUUGGAGCUGCAUUUGGAAUGAGAAGGGCUUACAGUGAAGGUGAUAUUCAGACUCUUGGCAGUAAUAAUCACUCAAAUGGUGGUGGUAGUAGCACAAGCAUAGUAACAAAGAGUGAAGAAAGAAGAGAGAAGCUUUUCAGAUUCUGGGAGAAGAGCAAGAGAAAUUUUGGCAGGAAAAUUAAGUAUGCUUGCAGGAAAGCCUUAGCAGACAGCCAGCCAAGGGUGAGGGGCAGGUUUGCAAAGACAGAAGAUUAUGAAGUCUCAAAGCCUUACAAGUAAAUAUAAUUUUGAAAGCCAUGUAAGAAAAAAAUAAUAAUAAUUUGUAAUAAAAAAAAAAAGACCACUUGUUGUAGUUAUAUAUAAA